AUGGGUGCCCAUCCUUCUCUACACAGUAGAGCAAGGUCUCCGGGCAAAGGACUUCCCUGGCAACAGAGCGGCACAGCUUUCGGUAAGAGCCCCGCAAUGGUCGUCAAAGAUGGCUGGCGUGAUGAUGAUGAUGGACGCCUCGGGAGCGGCACGGUUGCCCAGACUUUGACCAAAGCGAGGACCAGGAACCGGCUUCCAGUGGCCAUGCACGAGAAGACGCCGGGCCGGGUACAGGGGUUGAGCGCGAGAAAAGAGUGGAUCGAGUAA